GCCACCCACCUCUGACUUCCUCCUUCACUGGCUUGGACGCUGCGCUGCAGCCCACUGGCCCUUGGUCUGGGGUGUCCGGUCGCGUGCUGGCAUCAUGGAGGGCCUUGCAGCCCGCAGUAGGCUCCUGUUUUUGCCUCUCCUUCUGACUACAGGUGGUCUCAGUCCUGUCCAGACCCAGAGCGAAUGCACCUGCCCUUCUGUGAGUGGGGGUGUGCUGGCGGGGAUCGUGUUGGGAGAUCUGGUGCUGACCCUGCUCAUUGCCCUGGCUGUGUACUCGCUGGGCCGGCUGGUCCCCCGCGGCCGAGGGACUGUGGACGUGACCCGGAAGUCGCGCAUAGCAGAGACCGAGUCACCGUAUCAGGAGCUCCAGGGUCAAAGGUCAGAUGUAUACAGCGACCUCAACACACAAAGGCAGUAUUACAAAUGAGCCCACACCAUGACAGUCACCGACAUGACGCCCGGAUACAGCCAUUCCUGUUGCCCACCCAGUACCCCAGUGUGUCUUCUCCCUUCUGAUGAUGCCAAAUAAACACGGAGCACAAACA